AUGGAUGCAGCCCAAGUGACAGUGAAAAAUCUCACUACAUUGACUGACUUCAUUCUGUUGGGUCUAACAGAUGCCCCUGAGUUCCAGGUUGUACUUUUCCUCUUUCUCUUUCUCACUUAUAUCUUGAGUACCCUUGGAAAUCUGACCAUCAUCACCCUCACUCUGAUGGACUCUCACCUUCAGACCCCCAUGUAUUUCUUCCUCCGGAAUUUUUCCAUCUUGGAAAUUUUCUUCACAUCAGUUUUUACUCCCAGACUGCUAUACAGCAUCUCAACAGGGAGCAAAACAAUUAGUUUUCUUCUCUGCUUCUCUCAGUACUUUUUUGCCAUAUUUCUAGGGGCUACAGAGUUCUACCUCCUGGCUGCCAUGUCCUAUGAUCGCUAUGUUGCCAUCUGCAAGCCCCUGCAUUACACAACCAUCAUGAGUAACAAAGUAUGCAUCCUGCUUGUUCUCUGUUCUUGGCUGACUGGUUUCUUCAUUUCUCUAUGUGCAGUCCUAAUGGCAAAUGACCUGAACUUCUGCUCAGCUAAUGUCAUUAAUCAUUAUUAUUGUGAUACAACUCCUCUUCUAAAGCUCUCCUGCUCAGAUACUAGCCUUGCAGAACUGGUUGAUUCUCUUUUAGCUGUUCUAACACUUGUGAUAACCCUAGUCUUUGUGUUGCUCUCUUACGCAAACAUCAUCUCCACUAUUCUCAGGUUUCCUUCUGCCCAGCAAAGGAAAAAGGCAUUUUCCACCUGUUCCUCCCACAUGAUCGUCAUCUCCCUCUCUUAUGGAAGCUGCAUCUUCAUGUAUAUCAAGCCUUCAGCAAAGGAUGAUGUCUCCUUCAACAAGGGAGUAGCUGUGCUCAAUACCUCCAUAAGCCCUUUACUGAAUCCCUUCAUUUAUACCCUAAGGAACAAACAAGUGAUACAAGCCUUCAAGGAUCUAGUCCAAAAGAUUAUGAACCACUGA